AUGGAGGUUGCGUUGAAGGAUGGAUUGGAAAAGUUCCCUAAUAGUGUGUUGUUGAAAGAGUGGUUGGAAAAGAUGAAUGAGCUUUUUAGGGGAAAUCAUGAAGGCACAAACAACACAAAGGUGAAUGAUUCAGAGGGGUAUAAUGAGGUGAAUAGGAAUGAUAUGGUCGAUGGCAAUGGAGAUGAUACUUCACCUGUUAGAGGAUUGGUAAUUAGUGAAGUUAAUAUAGAGAAAGAUGUAAGUUAUAAUACCCCUGUUAACACCAAUGAUUUAACAAUGAGCCAGUUUCAUCGGCUUCCGGGAGUGAAUGAUGAAAUGAUUCAUAUGUUGGAAGAAACUGAGUUACAGGUGUAUAGAAGGAAAAAGCUAAUGUCAGGAUUGAGGGGGGAAGAUAUGGUUGGAAUAAAUUUAGGAGAACAGGUUGAGAAUGCUGCAGAAGAUGCUGACAUUGAAAUAGAAGAGAUUCUGAAAGAAUUAAAAACGGAAGAUCUAAAAUGUAGGCUUUUUGCUACUCUGUUGCAAAUCUACAUUAAGAAAUUUGAUGUGAAGCCAAGUUUCAGAGAUGUUGCACUUGUUGUGUUGAUGCAUUGUAUGCUGUCAUGA